AUGUCUGCGUAUAAUCUUAUUGCAUGUCAAUCAAAGGAUGAGAUAGACUAUGGAUGGGUUUGGCGUGCUCGUUGUGUUGAAAAAGUGUUGUUAUUCUUCUGGAAAAUCACUAAGAAUGGGGUGUUUGUCAAUGAAGAUAGGAAAAGAAGUGGACUGACUCAGGAUGAUGGUUGUCUGAGAUGUGGGAAAGGAGUGGAAACCCUGGAUCACCUGUUCAGGCGUUGUGAGAUGGCGAUUGACAACUGGAACCAAUGGCCUACGUCUGCAGGUUUCAACGUUCUGGCACACGUGGUGGUGAGGCGAGCGAGGAAGGAGACAGAUGAAGCGCAACAAGUCCUUCUUAAGCAGCAAGGCCACAGGUCGGGUAGACAAGUUUGGGUCAGUUGGUCGCCUCCGGAGCAAGGCUUUGUGAAACUCAAUACUGAUGGGGCAAAAAAAAAAACGAGCUCAUGCAUGGCUAGUGCAGGAGGUGUGAUCUGUGACCAUAAUGGAGAGUGGAUUGUGGGGUUCAUAUCCAAGGUUGGCAUCACAAAUAGCUUCAUCGCGAAACUUUGGGGUCUUAGGGAGGGGCUCCUGCUAGCUAGAAGUUGA